AUGUCGGACAGCCAGAAAGACAAACAACUGUCUGCCAAGCCGGCCAAUCUAACGACCUUCUUGGUUGAUUUUUUGAUGGGUGGCACAGCGGCCUCCAUAUCGAAGACUGCAGCCGCUCCCAUCGAGCGCGUCAAGCUGCUCAUCCAGAAUCAGGGCUCCAUGAUCGCCGCCGGUCGGCUCGAACGCCCUUACACUGGCAUCAUCGAUUGCUUCCAGCGCACAUACAACGAAGAAGGGCUCAAGAGCCUCUGGCGCGGAAAUGGCACCAACGUAUUGCGCUACUUCCCUACCCAGGCUUUGAACUUUGCCUUCAAGGAUACGUACAAGAAAAUGUUCGGAUUCAAGAAGAACGAAGGGUACGCUCUCUGGCUCAUGGGUAACGUUGCCAGCGGCGCCGCAGCCGGGGCCUCCUCGUCCAUCUUCGUAUACUCGCUCGAUUACGCGAGGACUCGUCUCUCGGCCGACCUCAAGUCGGCUGGCACAGGCGGCCAGCGUCAAUUCAACGGCCUGAUCGACGUCUACAAGCAGACGCUCAAAUCCGAUGGCAUCGUCGGCCUCUACCGUGGCUUCGUCCCCAGCGUCAUCGGCAUUAUGAUCUACCGCGGUUUCUACUUCGGCGGCUAUGACACCAUCAAAGGCACCUUCCUCGUCGGCCCGCUCCAAGGCAACUUCUUCGCCUCCUUCGCCGUUGGCUGGCUUUGCACUACGGGUGCGGCGCUGGCCGCCUACCCGCUCGACACCAUCCGCCGCCGCAUGAUGAUGACGAGCGGCAACGCCGUCAAGUACAAGAACUGGAUCGACGCCGGGAAGCAGAUCGCGGUCAAGGAGGGACCCAAGGCGCUCUUUGCCGGGGCCGGGGCGAACAUCCUCCGCGGCGUAGCCGGAGCCGGCGUGCUCGCCCUGUACGACAAGUUCCAGGAGCUUGCUUGGGGCAAGGUGUAUGCUGCUGGAUCGGGCUGA